CAUCCGCGCCAGCACAGCAAAUCAGCGUGAGAGCUAUUCAAAGAGCCCAGCCGCCUUAUCCUCGCCGAUUGGCGAGCGACGGCGAGGAACGGCGUGUCCGUAAUAGAGCGCUAAAUCCAGCCUGCUUCUAGGCGCUGCUGUCUCCCCACCACUGUCCUUCUAUUUCCUUCUAUCCGUCUUGAUAAUGGAGAGUGACAUCGGCUUCACGGCAGCCCUGGAAGAGGCGAAGCAAGGCAGCCAGGAGGGUGGAGUUCCAAUUGGAGCUGCCUUGGUCUCCGCCGACGGGAAGAUUCUGGGUCGAGGCCAUAAUCAGCGCAUUCAAAAGGGAAGCGCCACUCUCCAUGCGGAAAUAUCAGCGCUUGAAAAUGCUGGAAGAUUGCCGGCUGCAACGUAUCGGGGUGCCACAAUGUAUACCACACUUUCGCCGUGUGACAUGUGCACGGGGGCUUGUGUCAUGUACCAAGUAAAACGAGUAGUUAUCGGCGAAAACAAAACAUUCGUGGGCGGCGAAGACUACCUUAAGCAGAAAGGGGUUGAAGUGGUCAUUCUGAAGAGCGACGAAUGUCAGGAGUUGAUGAAGAAGUUUAUCAAGGAGAAGCCUGAUGACUGGAAUGAAGACAUAGGCGAGGAGCUAUAGAUCUAGCGCCCUUUUUAUCUAAUACAAUCAAGGAGUUCUUUCAUUGACGCUUUUGUUGAUACACAUCAUGAUGAUCCAGCAUACUUGUGGAUUUCUUCAAAGAAGAACUUCAAAUCCUCUGGCUUGACGAAAGGAGUGAUGCCUGGGUCACGUUAGAAGAGGGCGCGACUUUCAUAGAAUGAAGAACUCACCAUGCCCGAGAUUAGCAAUCCAUCCCUGUUUGCCUCCCCCAAAUCCUGUCACCAU